AUGGGUGACAACGAACCACAUGAGCAAGGACUAAGUGCUGAUCGUCGUAGUGAAUAUGAAGAAGCAUUUAUAUUAUUCGAUAAAGAUUGCGAUGGCUUAAUAAGCUCUUCUGAAUUGCCAUUAGUUCUACGUAGUCUUGGUCAAACAGUAACCAAUGCAGAAGUAACCACUGUCCUUCAACAGGCUAAUCUUGAUCCACGUGGUAAAUUUACAUCAUUAGAUUUUGUAAAUCUAAUGGAACGACGAGCAAAUUCUCUGAAUCAUGAAACAUUUGAAAGUGAACAAGAUGUACGUGAUGCAUUUCGUAUGGUACUUGAUCCGAAAGGAACAGGUACAAUAGCUACAGAUGAUAUUGCAAAUAUUCUAAACGUUUUUGGUGAAAGUGGUGGUUUAUCACAACAGCAAAUAUGGGAACUAUUAGGUACAGCCGAUAGAGAUAAUAGUGGGCGAAUUAAUUAUGAAGAAUUUGUCAAAGCAAUGACUUCUGGUUAA